GGCGGGCGCGGGUCCGGCAUGAGCGAGGCGCGGCUGAGGCCCGGGCGCGGCCCCGGCGGGGCCCGGGAGCCCCAGGACAAGGAGUCGGAGUCUGAGAACAGGCUGGAUGGAGAGACAGCGUCAGACAGCGAGAGCAAGUCCGAGUUUGGGGGCUCCUCCCCAGUGCCAACCUCAGAUGACACCCCAGAGGUGCUGAACAGGGCCCUCUCCAACCUGUCCUCGAGAUGGAAGAACUGGUGGGUGAGGGGCAUCCUCACGCUGGCAAUGAUCACCUUCUUCUUCAUCAUCAUCUACCUGGGCCCCAUGGUCCUGAUGACAAUUGUGAUGUGUGUGCAGAUCAAAUGCUUCCACGAGAUCAUCACCAUUGGCUACAACGUCUACCACUCCUACGACCUGCCCUGGUUCAGGACGCUCAGCUGGUACUUCCUGCUGUGUGUGAAUUAUUUCUUCUACGGGGAGACGGUGACGGAUUAUUUCUUCACGCUGGUGCAGAGGGAGGAGCCGCUGCGGAUCCUCAGCCGAUACCAUCGCUUCAUCUCCUUCGCCCUCUACCUGACAGGUUUCUGCAUGUUUGUGCUGAGUCUGGUGAAGAAGCACUAUCGCCUGCAGUUCUACAUGUUCGGCUGGACCCACGUCACGCUGCUGAUCGUGGUCACCCAGUCCCACCUCAUCAUCCACAACCUCUUUGAGGGCAUGAUCUGGGGCUCUCCCCUGGAGGAAGCCCUGAGGAAAACACGAGUUCUGCUCUUUCUCUCCUCUCUCUCCCUGGAGCUGUCCUACGUGAUGUCGGGGUACCGCUGCUUCACCUGCCCCGUGGAGUUCAACAACGACACCAACAGCUUCACGGUGGACUGCGAGCCCUCGGAGCUCUUCCAGCUGCAGGAGUACAACGUCCCCGUGGGGCUGCACUCCGUGCUGGGCUGGAAAACCGUGCGGAUGUACCCGUUCCAGAUCCACAGCAUCGCCCUGUCCACCUUCGCCUCCCUCAUCGGGCCCUUCGGCGGCUUCUUCGCCAGCGGCUUCAAGAGGGCCUUCAAAAUCAAGGACUUUGCCAACACCAUCCCGGGCCAUGGGGGCAUCAUGGAUCGCUUCGACUGCCAGUACCUGAUGGCCACCUUUGUCAACGUCUACAUCGCCAGCUUCAUCAGGGGCCCCAACCCCAGCAAGCUGCUGCAGCAGUUCCUGGCGCUGCGGCCGGAGCAGCAGCUGCACAUCUUCAACACGCUGAGAGCUCACCUGGCCGAGCGGGGAGCGCUGGGCAGCCCCGAGGAGGCGUAGGCUGCACAGGACUGACACUGCCUCCCUGCCCUGCCUGCUUCCAGAGCAGGGCCUCACUUCACUGUAACUCUUCUUCCUUCCUUGGUAAAUGUUCGCAUUCGUGGUUUAUUUUAUUUUAAUUUUUUUUUUUUUUCUAAAUAAUAUAUUUAUAGAGCUUUGGUUCAAACGA